AGAAGUCUUUUCGGCUUUGUCGGUCCGCAAAAUCCGAAAAGCAAAUAAAAAGUAGUUGCUCACUCUUUUUCUCUCACAGAGACAGAGUCGAUCUCUCUCAUUCUCUCGCUCAGAUUAAACGGAAUGAGCAAGCAGACGACAUGCCCAGCUCGAUCCGACGGCUCUCGUUUCACGGCCUUGCCCUUACUCAAAACCAACGGCGGACGAAGCCGCCACCACAAGAGCAGCUUCUGGAAGCACAGCACCCGUACAGAGUCCACGUCAUCCUCCUCACGCUAUGAUUUCUCGGAUCUGCCUCAGGAACUGGUAGCCAAAAUCGGGGCCUCUCUCAGCUACCACAGCCUCAAAACGGCGUCGUUGGUCUGCAGGUCGUGGUGCGAGGCCCUCCGGCCGGCCAGGGAGGCCACGAAGUUCUUGACUUGGGGGAAGCAGUUCAAGCACGGCCGCGGCGAUUUCAAACCUAACGUCAACAAUGCUCUCAAGAUGUUCUUGAAGGCUGCCGAGCUUGGGUCCACGAAGGCGAUGGUCGAUGCCGGACUCAUAUUCUGGGAGAGAGGCGACAAGGAUAAGGCGUUUGGGUUGUACCGGGAAGCUGCCGAGGCCGGUGACCGGAAUGCGCAGGGCAAUUUGGGAAUGUGGUAUUUGCAAGUUGAACCUCCAAAUCCAAAGGAAGCUGUAAAGUGGUUAUAUCUUGCUUCUUUUCAGGGCCAUGUCCGAGCUCAAUACCAACUUGCAAUUUGUCUGUAUCAGGGACGUGGGGCAGAUCGUAACAUGAAAGAAGCGUUGCACGUUGAUUUCCUACAAAAAAUCAGCUGUUCGGCCAGGUGGUAUUUGAGAGCCGCAGAACGUGGUUAUGCGCGUGCUAUGUAUAAUGUAUCGCUGUGCUACAAGUAUGGGGAAGGGUUAGUGCAGAAUCAUCGCCAAGCAAGAAAGUGGAUGAAGUUGGCAGCUGAUCUUGGCCAUAGUAAAGCUCAAUACGAGCAUGGACUCACUCUCUUUUCGGAGCGUGAAAAGAUUACAGCUUUAGUGUACUUGGAACUUGCAACCCGAGCUGGGGAAAGAGCAGCAAUACAUAUCAAGGAUGUAAUUCGUGAACAGCUUUCACCAACUUCGCGGUAUAAUGCCAUGCUUUUAGUGGAGAAUUGGCGUGCUUUACCUUCAUCUUCCUGAAUUAUACUACUUAUGGUUUGUUCGUGGUAGCCCAUCAAUUCCCUGCCUCUUUGAUGCUUAGAUAUCUUCAUUUUGAUGAGUGAAUGAUAGCUUUGUUUUAUAUUGGAUAUGGAGAACUCUAUUCAUCUGUAUAUUUCUUCAAUGUUUUCGACUUAUAUACACUCUUGUACAACUUUAGCCUUGAUUGGUGGAGUGAUACUGUAGUUGAUAUGCAGUUUUUAAUUUAGCAUUAGCAUUGGAAGUUUGGAACGGCUUUUGAAAUGAUGCCAUAUUUUGGGAAGAGUAAUUCGUAAUGAUCUCAGCAUAUGGUGGCUCGCAGAUUUUUAUGGAGCAAAAUAUCGGUCAAUUGGCCAUAAAGUAUCCAAAAUUCAGUUCCCUGCUAUGGGGUCACUUUUGUAAUUGGAUAACCAGCACUGAAAACCGUCUUUACAUUGGAUGGUUUGGUGUUUUGAUGAUCCCUACUUUAUUGACUGCAACAUCUGUAUUUAUUAUUGCUUUCAUUGCUGCACCUCCGGUAGAUAUUGAUGGUAUUCGUGAACC